AUGUCUUCAUCUCCACAAGUCAUACUUAUAUCUUCAGAUGAGAUAAAAUUCCCAGUUGAUCAACAAAUUGCCGAAAAAUCAAUCUUAAUCAAAAACAUGAUUAAUGAUUUAAACCCAGAUGGAUUACAAGAAGACUUUGAAGUCCCAAUUAGCAAUGUCAAAUCAACAGUAUUAUCAAAAGUACUAGAAUGGUGUGAACACUACCGCGACACUAACUUCCAAGACGACGACGACGAGGAUGAUGAUAUUAAAAAAGCCAUUCCGGUUGAAGAAUGGGAUAAGAAGUUCUUGACUUUUGAUAAUGAUGAUGAAUUGUUAUUUGAUAUUAUUACUGCGGCUAAUUUCUUAAAUAUUAAACCAUUAUUAGAAACUGGAUGUAAAAUGGUUGCUGAUUUGAUUAUGAAGAAAUCUCCUGAAGAAUUAAGAAGAACUUUUAGAGAUGUUGAAUUUCCUUCUCCUGAGAAUGAAACUAGAAGAGAGAAUGAAUGGGCUGAAGAUAGAUGA